AUGGCCAAACAGGUGGAGUCUCUGCUGCAGAACCAUAGCGACAGUUUCGAGGCAUCGGCGGCCAGACGGGCGUCAGUAGCGGCCGCACCGUUGGCCGAGUGGGUGAAGGCGAACGUGGCGUUCAGUCGAGUGUUGCAUAAGAUUAAGCCUCUGGAAGACGAACAGAAUCGGCUCGAGUCGGGCCUCCGAUCCGCUCAAACCCGCAUCAAUUCACUGAGCAAUCAGUUGGAAGGCGUGGAGACAGAGGUGGGUGCUCUGAGGGACCGACUCAAUCACGUGACAGUAGAGGCCGCGCAGAUUGAGGUCGGCCUCAAACAGACGAACCAAACGCUGAGUCAAUCGGAGAAAUUGAUUACUGAUUUGAGCGGUGAGUUCAGCCGUUGGAAACAACAGCUCCGGGAUAUUGAGGAGAUGGUGGCGGCACUACCCGUUCGGGCCAUCAUUGCCAGCGCUUAUGUAGUGUAUUGUAGUGACGAACCGUCCACUGAGAAGCGCCGGCAGUUGUUUCAGUUGUGCUGUCAGUCACUGGCGGUUCCGGAGUUUGAUUUGCAGGCAUUCCUUAACAGUGCCACUGAAGAGGAAGUGUUUGUGAGCGCCGGUGCCCUCUGUUCACACCAGACGCCGUUUAUCUGCGACCCGACCCGCAAAAUACUAGCUCUCAAUGCCUUCGAGACCAACUGCGAGAUUACGGACACUCGGAGUAGGGAUUGGAUUAAAGUCAUGGAAUUGAGUCUACGCUUCGGCCGCACUCUAGUGAUCAAUGAUUUUCAGCGCCUGGAGUUUCCGUUAUUACCAGUACUACGGAAGGAGAUAUACGGUGGCAUCGAUUCGCGGAACUGGAUAUUCAUUGGCGACAAACGAGUCGAUUAUAAUAGAAAUUUCCGACUCUUUUUGAUCGGCCCAGAGUUGAGCGCCGGUGUGGCCGACGAUCCGCUCUUUAAUAUUAUAAACCUAUCGCCGAGUGGGAGCGGUAUGUCAUCGAGACUGUUGAGUUUGGUGAUAGAGUGCCGGCGCCCGGAACUGGAGGCAAAAAAACUGGAAAUUGAGAGACAAAAGUUACGCUUAGAGUCGGAGUUAAGGGAAUUGGAGUCAAAGUUGUUAUCAAAACUUAUGGAGUCGACCGGAAAUCUGUUAAAUAAUACAGAACUCGUACAGAGUCUCAAUGAACUGAAGGGAUCAGCCCUUAGUGUUGAACAGUCGCUCCGGGAAUCUGCAAAAUUGGCCACUGAUUUGCAGCGGGAGAGGGCUGAAUACGAGUCUUUGGCGCACUUCUCAUCGCACCUGUAUUUCUUGGUGCGCGAGUUAGUUAGUCUGAAGCCUAUGUAUCGGUUCGGUGUCGCAGAAUACGAGUCCGUAUUUCGGGAAUCGCUUAACAGGUAUAAGGAUUUGACACCAAAACAGUUACUUCAGGAUAUGUAUGAAUACGUGUCCAGAGGGCUGUUUCCUGAAGACAGGAUCACAUUCGAGCGGUUUGUCCGUAAGAGAUGUCCCAAAGAAGGACAGACAUUACGGGCUGACCACACAAUAAACGUCAGAGAGUUUGUGCGACUAAUAUAUGGCUCGGAUAAGAAGGUGGCGCUCAUAAUGACAGCCCCGGGAAGCGACCCAACCGGCGAAGUCCAACAAAUCGCUGGAGAAUUACGAGUCAAUCAGUUCACUAUAUUAUCGAUGGGUUCUGACGUAUUAGGUCAGGCCGAACAAGCAAUCGCCGGCACCGGUAGCGCUGACAACAUUGAGCUCCUGUGCCUCACAAACCUUCAUUUGGUAAUUGGAUGGCUACCGGCGCUGCAGCGUAUGUUAAUGGCGGCCAACAUUAGUGUCAGCCCUAAUCGGAAGCAGACAUUUGUGAUACUCUGUACAGAAAGUUGUGUCGAAUUUCCCGUUUCACUGCUCGAGAUGUCUGUGAAGUACGCCUAUGAGUCGGCGCCGGGACUUCGGCACCAAUUGAAACUUUUAACAGCAGACGUAUCGGUGCCGGAGCUCAAGAUAUUGUCGUAUUUACACGCCGUGUGCUGCGAGCGCCGACAUUAUGUGCCCCAGGGAUGGACCAAAGCCUAUGAGUUUGGGUUCACUGACUUCCGGUCGGCGUCUAAUGUCGUGCAGACAGUCCUCACAGAGAAGGACCGACAUAGUAGUACCGCGCUGAUCAACCGUUGGUUCAACAAUAAUAGUAGUAAAGACACGGACCCGACGGAUGAGAUAUCGGUGUUGGGUCUGUCCCGGAAUGUCGACAAAUUGAGACAAACGGCACUUGAAAGUCGACUCACGAAAGGGUUGGCCGUCUUAGAAAAUGCCACCAAUUCAGACAAAUCCGGGGACAAGGAGUUGGAGAGACUGCGGGUUCUCUGGAGACAACUUAACAUUAAUAAAACCUUUAGCGAUACGAGUGGCCGACCCUCAGCUACCGGUUCACCCAUCGAUGGAUACCUGAGUUCAGAAUUAAGCCAAACUCAGCGACUCGUCCAACGCAUGGACGGGGAUAUCAAUGGCACAGAUAGUGAGUUCAUAGGCGACCAGUUGGCCAUUAAUGAGACACCUGAUCCAUGGCUUACGCAAUGGCCUAAUGGUCCCAAAAGCGCCGAUACAUUCAUGAGAUGCGCGGCGUUUAUGGCUUCAGAGGUUAAACGCCUGUCCGACGCAAGAGGGGAACAGGAGUUUAAUUUAUCUCAUUUGUUUCAACCGAACUCAUUGUUGAACGCUCUGAGACAACAGGCCUCCCGGAGCCUCAACACGACUGUGGAUCAGCUGCGGCUAUAUUGCGCGUGGGGUCGACAGUCUCUCAGCACAGGUAGCGCACAGGCGAUGCGCUAUACUCUCACUGGUAUUGCCAUUGAGGGCGCGAUCUAUGAUGACCUACAGCUCCGGGAUUGUACGCAAGACAGUCCCCUGCAAUCAGAUAUGCCGCCCCUUGUCCUCCAUUUUCUAUCAAACGAUGGUCCCGAGCCGUACGACAGCCAACAAGUGGUCCGUUUGCCAUUGUAUGGCAACUCCAGUAGGGAGACAGUGGUCGGGCACCUGGAUGUGCCCGUUGGUCGUGGCACACAAUCGCAUUGGACUGAAUGUGCCUAUGAGCUCUAUAUGCCAUUGAGUAGCCACACAUCUAUUUUAAAUUAUAACACAAGCCAACUGUCCCUCCAAGUGAAGCGC